CAGGACAAGGAGAACAAGGACUUGCAUUUUCAAAAUACCUACUCAAUUCUCACAGGACGCGCAUUGCGCAAAUUCUAAUUUUCAUGUAAACGACCACUAAGUACAAAAAGACACUAUAAGCAAAUGGUGCUUGAACACGUCGAAUAUGAGCAAACGGUGCUUCAAGGAGUCGAAUCUGAAAUCGUGAUAAUAUGUCAACGCGAUAUGUGGUUGGGUCAAGACUGCCCAAAAAUUUCAAGGGUCGCGUGUGUCGCUCUUGUGGUCGCUGUCGCCCGACUGGUAUCGUGUAGUGGAAAGCCAUAGCAAAACUACUGUGGUUGUGGUCUAGUAGUAGUAAGAAGGCAGCCCUGAGGGGACUGUCGGUAAGCCGCUCAGCGGAAUCGCCUGAAUCCGUGGGCAUGCCCGUUGUAGCUCCGCCGUGUGCAGGGCCUGCACUCUCAGCGAGGUAACUCUGUAUACAACAAGGUCAAGAAGUCCAAGUCAGAUGAAGAAUUAUGCAUGACAGACUACAAGAUCUAAAAUACAUUUCAUGUUCACGACAGACAAGGAUGACUGAUAUGCCGCGUUCCGACCCUGAAAUUUUUGGAUAUUUCUGACGGAGCCGCAUUUAGUAUCGUCAUACACAGUUGCCACAACGGGAACGAAAACGCCAUCGGUAUUGGUUUCGCGACUAAUUUAGAUUUUGUUGGGCACCGACGGCUGCGCUCGGUUCCUUGUGUCUAGCCGUCAGAAGGGUUUUCUUUUUUGAAGGUCUAGCUAGCCGUCAGAACCUGCUGAGGCUUGGGAAUGAAAUGAAUCUUUUUAUUUUAUAAAAACCCUUCGUCUUCGUGGCAAAGAUGAAUUCACUUCUAAAGGUGUGGCAGGUUCAGAAGCCGGGCUUUUUCCCUCUUGCGGCGCGCUUUUGGGGCCUAAUUUGUCUUCUGAUCAACCCAGAAGUAGCCCUUUUCGAUUCGGGGCUGGGGAUUCUGGGGUCUCAAAGGUUCUCCCUGAAGCCAGCAAGGCCUACCUUUUUUUCAACGAGAGGUACGCUUCUGGCUUUUCUUGGUUUCUCGUUGAAGCCACCCGACGCUUCUGGCCGCUGCUGCCUUCUAACUGCAGGCGCAGCCAGUAAAGAUAGGGAAAAAUGAUUGGCCAGAAGUAGCUCUCUAAAAGUGCAGGCCUUGCCGGUUCAGGCCUUCUGCUUGCAGCCAGCGGUGCAAAAACAGCCAAAUAAGACGGAUCCUAUUUCUUCAUUUCUUCAAAGGUACGCAGCGGUUUGUGCUUGGCGUCCUCCUGAAGCCACCACCGCAAAAAAUAAAAAACGACCUGCUGCAAGGAGUUUUUUUCUCUUCCUAAUACACUGCGCUUUGUGCGUUUCUUGGCAUCUUUGUUUGUUCGCGAAGCCGGUAAAGCAAAAAGUGCCAAAAGUAAAGUCGUUUUUGCUUCAUCAAAGGCACUCCUGCCGUUUCUAAACUUCGUUCUCCCUAAAGCGCACGAGGGAAAAGCAAAAGGAUAGUACUACAGAAAAAAGCGACUAUCCCUGAGGCGUAAAGCUAAAGGACACAACUUUUCACAAGUGGCGACCUGCCUGACUGCCAUGUCACAUGAUAUGGUAGCGGAAGCGGACCGGCCAAAUAACAUAAAAGGUGGCGCCUCUAUGUUUUAAAGUGAAUCCUUGAUCGAGGGCAGGCCUAAGUUUCAGGCAAAUGGGCGGCGCCUCGCCGUGUUCGAUUUCCUUCAUUCAUCGACACCUCCUCGAGCAGGCAGGCCGGAAGGAUGUUGGCAACUCCCCAGUCUCCUCUUGGUUCUCUGCGUGCAAACUCGGGGGGGCGUCGCACAGAAUGUUCCAGUUGAUAUGCCUGUUCGCCAGGCGCUAGCAGUUGAAUUGCCCCCUAUAAACAACUUUGAUCAAUUGAAAAGCUUUAGCGAUCUUGUACACCGUGGGGCCUGAUUCUUCAAAAGGUACGUAACUGUGCGAAUUUUGCUCGGCGUAGCGUCCUGGCCAGCACCAGUGCCAUUUUGGUGCUUUACUAUCCAAAAAAAAAUAAUUCUCAAACAGCACCCGCCCGCCUACCUUCGGCAGAAUCCGAACAAAACGCUGGAGUCUCCGCCAGUGUCUCCGCAAGCGUCUCCACCAGAGUCUCCGCCCGUGAGCAAAGUAAGCUGCUUUGAUGAUUUCUCGCGGAAUCGUGCGACUCUUCUGGCCGCUGGCGCCUUCUAGUCCAAGCCAAUAAGGAUAGAGAAAAAAUGGCCCGAGCCGGAUUCUAUUUGUACGGCUGCAAAGCUGUUGGCAACACUCCGGAGCGGUGUUAGCAGCUCCCCCGCUUUUUCUGGAUUCUCUUCAAGCUUGAUGGGGUCGCGCGUAGCAUCCCAAUUUAUAUGUCUGUGUGCCGGGCGCUUAAGCUUGUUACCUCUCAUUGUUUAUUGAAACAGCUUCUAGCAAUAUAUCAAC